GAGAACAGUUGUCGUCCUGGAAAGAGCAGGAGUGAGAGAGCGAGAGAGAGGUAAGACAGGAAGCAGCGACAGGAGCUGUGUGCAGGACACCAGACUAGGCCCGUCCAGCUAGCGUUCCCUGCUGGGAUUCUGGAUAAGUUUAAUGGGAUCAGCUUCGGGUCCACAGUAGGAACUAAAUGUGAUUCUGACUAACUUUACGGUGGGCUCUUUUUGGGGAGCCUUAAUCUGAAGCUAUGAGGAGGCCGGGGGCCUCAGAGGUCAUCUUCAUCGCACUCAACUACAACAUCACUAUUGUGGGAAAGGUAUGGCUGGUCCUGAUGGUCUUCUUGCGUAUAUUGAUCUUGUUCUUUGCUGGAUAUCCCCUCUACCAGGAUGAGCAGGACAGAUUUGUGUGCAACACCAUCCAACCUGGCUGUACCAACGUGUGUUAUGAUAUAUUUGCUCCACUGUCUCUGUUCCGCUUCUGGCUGGUCCAACUUACAUUUAUUAGCCUACCUUACAUCAUGUUUAUAGUCUAUGUGAUGCACAAAGUAACGGCGAACCUACCAGUUCAUUCUGAAGCUUCUGAGAAGAUGAUGCAUGGGUCUGUCUACAAGAUCUACAAGGAACCUUUGUGUGAGUCAUCUCUGUCAAAGUCCACUGUUAAGUGUGAGGUUGGAAGGUUGUGUCGUUUCACAGGAGCCUACAUCUUCCAACUUUUGCUCCGGAUCCUUCUGGAAGUUGGUUUCGGGGCUGCAAAUUACUACCUGUUUGGCUUCCAAAUCCCCAAACGUUUCCUGUGCCAACAGAGUCCUUGCACCAUCAUGGUGGACUGCUACAUAUCUAGACCCACUGAGAAAACAAUCAUGCUGAACUUUAUGUUGGGGGCAUCUGCCUUGUCUCUCCUUCUCAACUUUAUUGACCUGAUCUGUGCCAUAAAGAGGUCAGUGAAGCAGAAGAAUAGGAACAAGAAUAGGAUAAUGGUGGAGAAGAUGUAUGAGGAAGAGAGGUACUUUGUAUCUGGAAAUGGAGGUACAAGCUGUGUCAGCCCUGGGCCUCAAGACCUGCUGAGUAGUGCAAGCUUUCGGAAGAGAAUUAGCAAGAGUGCAGAAGAUGGGACUUCUUUACAAUUAGAUGUUGAACCCCACACACCUUUACCUCGAGAAGGAACCCCUCUUGGUAUCAGCCUUGGCAAACCUGGCUCUUUAAAUGGGGACAGUGGUUACACAGUUCCGCAUGAUGGAGUGCUUGAAAGGGAAGGCAGUGAGGUGGCACUGUGUCCAGCUGAACAUUUGGGUACUCCAAGGUCCAUUAGGGUCAGCAAGCGCAAUCGCCUCAAACCACCCCCGCCACCUCGACGGGACAGACCCGCAAGCACAGCGACACUGGACAUCACAGAUGCUACCGCAGUCUCUACAAGGAGAGUAGGACAAUACACACUUGUGGAGUUGAACACAGGAAGUGACCAGCCACCCAGUAGUGGAGAAGGACAGGAUAAGAAAUCUGAAUGGGUUUGAAAGUCCACAGAAAACAGAGGAUUUUCCUCUCUUUUAGGGCAAGAGUGGCCUGUGCCUCCUAAAGGUGGUACAAUACAGUACAAAAACUCACACAAAAACCCAGAAUGUGAAUUUUUUAUUUUUUUUGUUGUGCAGUUGUUUUUUUUCCAAUGGUUCAUGCUUGUAAUACAGAAUGGACCAAUAGAAAUGUUAGAAAUAAUUUGCAAUAAUAUAUAUUUGCAUUGACUUCCUACUGACAGUAAAGAAUGUUUUUUUUGUCUUUUUCCAGUAAACUUGCCAUUUUGAUUGUGUUUUUUGUUUCAUAAAUACAAUAUGCUGUAAUAUACAGAUGACUUAUUACAGUUAUUAUAGAGAUUAUUAAAGUUAUUUCUAUGUCAGAAUGCUAAUACAUUAGUUUGAAUUUUAGUAAGCUCUUUACAAAAUGACAAAAUGAUCGGUACAAUGAAAUACUAACACCUUUGAGCAAAGAAAGGCACCUACAGUGAAUCUACCAAGACAUGUGGCUGUAGCUCUGUGGUAUUUUAUCUGGGUCUGCAGUUGAAUGUUAAGUCUCCUGUCAUUAUAAUACGUUUUACGUCUGCUGGUAGACAUACACAUUCUGUGUUUUAACUUAUCUACUUUACCUACAUCAAGUAGAUGUGUUAAUUUAAUUUUUUUGUUGUCUAAAACAAAUAAAGAAAAACAA